AUGAGGGCUACACUCCGGCUGUUGGCCAAUGUCAAGCCCCGGUAUCUGGAGGCUUUCGCUCCAACCGGAUUGACCGGCCUGUCCACCCACCCGAACCCCCGCCCGACUUUGAUCUACCUUUAUUUCCAGACCCUGCAGAAGCUCCAGUCCUUCCCUGAGUCGUCCGCAUACCGUCAAUCCGCAGAGGCGACCACUCGCCACCGCCUGAAGGUUAUUGAGUCGAAGAUUCCUCCCGGAUUCGAGGCCUGGAAGGCGCGCGUCGACAAGGUCAUCGCCGCCGAGCCCGAGCGUUUCGCUGCUCUCAAGAAGUCUGCGGGUCCCUUUGGCUAUGUUGGUGUCCAGAAGAAAGACGGCUCCGACAACCCCCAUGGUCUGGCCUGGGAUGGUGAGACUUUCUCUGAAGCUUGCACCGAGGGAUCAACCCGCACCGCGGAGGAAGAGGCCGAACUCGAUAAGCUGCUCGAAGAGGGCAUCAAAAGAACCAAAAAUGCCGACCACUAUAUCGAGGAGAUGAAGUGGGAGAACGAACCCGCUCUUGAGGCUGACCAAAUCUCCCAGAUUGAGAAGGAAAUCGGCCACGGCCUCCUUGAGGAGAUUAUUGAGGUUGCCCAGGCUGAGUUGAAGCUUGCUAGCGAGCUGCACGAGGCGAAGGUUUGGGAGGAACUCGAGGAGAAGCCCGCCGCGGGCCAGUGGACCUACUUCGAACGUCAUUAA